AUGUCUCCGUUAUACAGCUUCAUAUCCAGCGGACAGGGAUCCCAGGAAUACGUCUUCGGAGGCAUUUGCGCGGACCGCCUCGACCCCCGCUAUUUACAUGCUACACUUCGAGAAUGGGCGAUCAUCGUCUUACUUCCGUCGCCGUCCCUUGACGUCGGAGGUCCGGUGGGGUGCCCGGUCCCGCUUCGGCUGCGGCGUCAGCCCCCUUUCACACAAGCCAUCGCAUGGGUGCAGGUCGGGCCGGGCAGAGUUCGGUCAUUUCGCCCUCUGCCGAUAGUGAUUACCUACGAGUUGGAAGCUCACUCAAUGCCACAAUGGUCUCAGGUGGAUAUUCGACGGAGAACCGUCGCCGGUCGUGGGGAAACGCAGGAACUCACUCAGCUCGUGUAG